UGCUCUCGCUUCUGCCUUUUGUCCAUCGGGAGAGGUGGGGGUGUCCAGUCAUUUAAAAAGAUGUCCCUUUAAACGACGCUAAAACCCAAACUACUGUCCCUAAAAACUUUCCGUUGUUUUAAAAUGUCCUGACUGAAGAUCCGUUCACGCCGGACAUCAAUCAACGUCUGCUAACCGGAUAACGGGACGCACUUUGGGUGACUGCAGGCUCGCGCCUGGUUAACAUUACGCAGCUGUCUGUAACCGAAGCUAGCGGCUAUAUAUCGUUAGCCGUAGUGGCUCAUCCUCUCGUCCGCUUCCCAUGAUAUUGACUCACUUUGCUGCGGGAGAAACCCUUCUUGACCGCGGUUAGUUUGCCCCGCAGCACCGAAAUGGACAAAGAAGAAGCAGACCGGCUCAUAGAAAGGGCGAAGGUGUGUUUACGGUCGGGGCGAAAAGACCGGGCGCUGCAGCUGCUAUAUGAGGCGCAGAAUGUUCACCCCAGCACCCGGGCCAGAGUGUUGAUAGAUGCCUUACUGAAAAACGGAGGCAACACAUUCGCAGAAGCAAACCACAUCCCUCCACCAGCAGGAUGGAGAGAUGAGGACGUUGGAGAGCAGGAAAAGAGCAACGGAACGAGCGAUGAGAAGAAGACGUACACCGAAGAACAGCGUCAGAGUGUUCUCAGGAUAAAGAAUUGCAGGGACUUUUAUGAAAUCCUUGGUGUUGAAAAGAACGCCAGUGAUGAAGAUUUGAAAAAGGCAUACAGGAAGUUGGCCCUGAAGUUUCACCCUGACAAGAACUUUGCCCCCGGAGCCACAGAUGCAUUCAAAGCAAUAGGUAACGCUUAUGCAGUUUUAAGCAAUCCUGAGAAGAGGCAGCAGUAUGAUCAGUACGGAGAUCACUGUUCAGCUUCCUCCACUCCCCAGCCCUCCAGCCACGGUCGCUCUGGACACUACCGAACCUUCUACAAAGAUUUUGAGGCUGACAUUUCCCCUGAAGAACUCUUCAACAUUUUCUUUGGAGGGAGGUUCCCCACAGGAAACGUUCACGUUUACACAAACCAGGGAACCUCCUACUCCCAGUUCUAUCAGCCUCGUCGUCGGCGUGCUCACGAAAGGCGUGAGGAGGUGGUAGAGGACAACCAGAGUCAGAACACCUUCACAGCUCUUCUGCAGCUUCUCCCCGUGCUGGUGUUGAUCCUUAUUUCAGUGUUUACUCAGAUGAUGGCCACUAAUCCGCCCUACAGUCUCUUCUACAAGCCGGCCUUGGGGCUGGUGGUGUCCAGAGAAACGCAGCACAUGGGUGUACCGUACUUUGUGGACAAGAGUUUUGAGAAGGAGUACCGGGGAGCAGCGCUGGAGGAGUUGGAGAAAACUAUUGAGAGCGACUACGUGGAGCACCUCCAGAGCAGCUGCUGGAAGGAAAAACAGCAAAAGUCAGACCUGGCAAACCUGGGACAACUUUACCGUGAUGAACGGCUAAAGCAGAAGGCCGAGUCGAUGAGGCUGGACAACUGUGAGAAACUGCAGCGACUGGUUGGUCGGCAGAAAGUGAAAUGAGGACUGUAAAAGUGGAGGAAAUGUUUCUUUAGUAAAGUGUGUAAUUUACAAUACCUGGCCACUUUUUAAAGACAUUUGUGGGGUUACAAUGCAGUCAGUGGGAAUUGUUGCUGCUGGAAACGUUCUGUCUUCUCUUCAGUGGCAGAAACUGGAGUUGCAUGUUAGCUGUGACGUUAGCGGCACGGAGCGCAGACUUUAACGUCUCACAGCCUUCAGACUUUCUUAUAGAAAUGGUUUAACAAACGUAAUCUCCGUUUGGGGCUACGGGGGAGUCGGAUGGUUCACGCGUUUCGGAUUCGUAGUUUAUCUGUGUUUACUUUUGUGUCUGCUGAAAUCAAAAGGCGUCUUUAUUUGGUAGUUUAAGAAAUUGUUGUUGAGCUCAUCUUUUUUCUGUAGGAAACGAGUACAAAGAUCUAACGUGUUUAGACAAAUCAGAGCACAUUUGUGUAGUGAAAUAAGCUUUUACAAAUCUGAUCAUUUAGCCUCUUGCUCUGUCAAAUACCCCGCCCGCUGAUGAAGAGGUUCAAAUGGGGUCAACACAAGCUGUUUUACAGAAACUCACCCUGGUGGAUAAGAGCAGAGCACCCAGGUCUCUGCUGGGUCCUUUAGAUUGUUGGGUCACAUUUUCACUUGGUUCAGUGAACUUCCCAGUCACACUCCAGUGUUUAUUGGAUGUUUCUUAAUGGUUACGAGGAACCGGAGCACAGGCGGUGUGUAAAAGGCUACCUGGUCUUAAAUGACACGCAUAAACAAGUUUUUAUAAAAUGUCUUUCCUCUUAAAUUUCUAAACGUUUUCUAAUUGUUACUUUGUACGACCCCUUUUCUAAAGAUUUAGCUCUGAAGAUCUAAACUUGGCCAGAUGUGACCAGACCUCUGAUCAGAAGCUAAGUUUGUCCGUUCAGGUCAGAAACUGCAACGUCUGAUUUUCAACUCAGUAAAAAAGCCAAAUUUUUAAUUUUUGGUGUAAAAAAAAAAAAAAGUUCUCAUCCGCAAAAACCAUACAACUCUAAUAAAAACCACUAGUCAAGCAACUUUUGCCUAACCUGUUGGUGAAAAAUGUGAUCAAACUUAAGAAUAUUUACCUUAUUUCAAGUAGUGCUGCCUUUGCGGAUCAGAACCGUUUUAGAUGAAUCAGAUCCAAUGUCUAAACCCGAUGCUUUUAAAAAUCAGUUUUUGCAGUGUACUCAGCGGGAUACUGCUGCCGUCCCUCUGGGAUUAUUAAAGUAUUUUUGAAUUGAAUUAUGGAAACUUGUCUUACUUUAGACUUGCCCCAAAUUACCCCCAUGCUGACAAUAGCACUAACCAUGCAAGUCUGCCAAUCUGCCUUAGCUGAUACCAUCGUGGUGAAAAAUCAGGUUCAUCUUCAGCACUUUUCAGUUGUUUAAUCUUGUUACUGUUGCAUGCAUCCCAGUGACUGUUAGUUUGUUGCAUAUUAUUUAUUUAUUUAUUUAUUUGACAAAUGCCAUAUUGAUGACUAUAAAUGUAAAAUGGACAUGAAUAUUCAGAAUCACUGCGUUCACAAGUAGAGGCCGACCGCUAUGGGCUUUUUGAGGCCGAUACCGAUUUUUUUAUGAAUUUUGUUGCCGAUGGCCGAUAUCUAAAGCCAAUUAUUAAGCACAUUGAUUGAUUGUGAAAGACAACUGAACACUCACUGUGUGCAAUAUGAAUUCAAUAAAUUUCUUAAUAUUUAUUGAAUUUGAAAUCUAAAACAAACUCAAAACAUUAAAAAAACAGUGUUGGGGUCCUUCAGGUCCUCUCUUCAGUCUAGGAUUGGUGGCAGUUGGCCACACAGGUGCCUGAUUAUUAAAAAAAAUCUGCUUUUAAAAAUGAUUUUGGCUGAUCUAGAAAAAGUUGAAUAUAUCGGUCGGCCUCUAUUCACAAGUAUAUAAGUCCUUUACUGCGAUGGAAACACCAGUGGGGUUCUGGAAUCAGUCCCUGUGGAAAUAAGCUGAAGAGAUUUAGCAGAUUUAUAAGCCAAAAAUCCCAGAACAUUAAAGAUGUGAUUUAAAGCUGACGUGUGAUGAGUAUUUGUGUUGUGAUUGAGUACUGCAUGUGUGAUUGCAUCAUUAAAUGAACAAUUAUAUUGUUUUCUAUAUAAAUGCCAGCAUUAGAUCACAACAAACAACAAAUGUGUCUAGGUUUAUUUCAGACUGAGCUGCCGAUCAAGAACCCGAUUCCUCUGAUGUUUGGGACCGACAUCAAUUCAAAGAAUCCAGUUUGUUUACACAAUAAGCAUCACCUUGAACCUGAAAUUGGGCUUACGGGUACGGGAAGUCCUUGAAAAUGCUCAGAUGUUGUGACGUUUUGAGAGUCCUUGAAUUUCUAAUAAUGCUUUAAGCUGUAACUGGAUUUUUUUUUUAAUAGAAUGACAUUCACUUAUUAAGGAAGAGAAGUGAGUAUUUAGAGCUCCUGGGUGACAUCACCACUGUAAUUUGUCUGAGGUCAGGUUGUGGAGGUGGCCGACCCAGGAGAGAAAUCAGGACGUUUCUUUCCCCAAAAACGCUCCCCAGCUCCUCCCGGGGGAUUCCUGGGCAUUCCCAGUCCAGAGAGGAUACAUGUGAAGGUGGAAAAAUUAGAAUAGGGUGCAAAACUCUGCUUAUGUCAGUAACUGAAUUUAGACUGAGAGACCAUCUAAAGGCUCAGGAGCCCUUUGCAGGUGUAUUGGCUGAUUAGAGUGUGACACUGAGCCUAGAAUAUUGAACCUCUUCACAAUAUUCCAAUUGUCUGAGAUUUUGAAUGUGGCGUUUUCAUCAGCUGUAAGCCAUAAUCACAAUUUAACACACAAAGGCUUGGAGGCUCGUAGCUCUGUCUCUAGAAUGAACAGCAUGUUUUUGCUCUAGAAAUCGUUAGAACAGCUGUGUCUCCAGGAGACAGCAGCUUCUGGGAGAGAUUAAAAAGUCUGUCAGUUUAAUUAAGAUCGAAAGUUUAAACAAGUCAAGUCCAUAUUUGUUAUCGAUGGUCCUACAUCCGAAAGCAGUGAGUCUCUUGACCUUAGAAGUAUAAACAUGACAUUAAACACAGAGGUGGUGUGCGGUCUAACUCUUAAUCCCACUCAAAUUAACACAAGCACAAAACCUCACAAGACAAGGUUCUUGAACUGUGGAGAUAUUUUUAUUGUGUUAAUACUGCUGCCGGAUCCACCAAAACUGCUGUUGUCACAUUUUUUCUAAAGCACUGAAAAUAGCUCCAAACAAAUAUACUUAGAAGUACACAACAACAAAAUAAACCCAACACUAAAACAGCCAUAUGUGAAAUGAUCUAAAAGUUUCAGGAAAUGAGUUGAAUACCAACAAACGCUUCCUCUGAUCACUAAAUUAAUAAAACAUGAAAGCUAAUCAGACUCUUUGACCGUUGGUUCAACAGAAUCGUGUCUACCCAAUGGUGAGGAAGUACUUUUGUCUUCAUGUGCAGAACAACACCCAUGCUGGGACUCUCUUCUUGGUUUAUUUUUGAAUGAGAAGAUGGCUCCAACUGGUUGAACUGGUUCUGUACACAGCUUGAUGGGGGUUAAAGUGAUCGGCAGUUAUUUCUAGGAAGAGUUUACCCAAAUUCCCCAAAGGAAUCUGGAAAUAUACAGACCCAUGUCCAAACGUGUCUCUUGGAAGAAGUGUAUCCACAUCACAGUUAGUCAAUCUAACGAUCGAGUAAAAAGUCCAGACUGGGAAUCUCACCAACAAUCUUAGUCUGCCACUUCAUCCCAGAAACACUCUUGGGAACAUUUCCACACUGGAUCUUUAUUUCUUCAUCUUCAAGUCAGCUUCCAUGGCACUGCGGCGCCCUCUGGUGCCACCAUC